GUCGGCAACAAUAGGGGCACGCGGCGGGCAACAAUCGGAGGCGACGGCGGGGCGCGCCUGCUUCUCGGCAGCAUGCCCAGAAAUUUUUUAUUCCGUGCCAGCAGCAGCGCCGCGUUUUUUACACCGAUAUUAUUUUAUUCUCGGCCGCGCCGCGAUCCCGGCCGCCCAACCCGUUAAGCCCCGCGGCCCCCGCGCGCGGCGGCCCCCGACCUUCGCCCCCGCCGCCGGUCGAGUGUGUCCGCGUUCGGCGCCGGACACGGAAGAGAGCGACUAGCGAGUGGAGAGAGGAGGCAUCGAGCCGAGGGGGUGCCGACCACACUCAUCCCUCGUGACUCACUCGGGCCCAGCAUGGAUGCGGCGCGCGACUUUGAAUCGCUGCAGAUCAAGACCAAGAGCAUCGAGCAGACCCUGGUGCCCCUCGUCAAGCAGAUAUCGACGCUGAUCAGCCACCACAAUGAAUGCACGUCGGCGGGCGGAUUGGGGGUCACCUCUGCCAGGGUGCUGCGGGCCGUCGCCAGGGUGGGCCAAGCGGUCAACCUGGCGGUCGACAGGUUCGUCACGGUCGGCGAGACCAUCGCAGACGACAAUCCAGAAAUCAGGGAUGACAUGUACGAGUCGUGCAAAGAAGCUCGGGCAUCAGGGUGUUCCAUUGAGAAACUGUGUCAGGUGGCGAUGACGGAUAGUCUGACGGACCGAGGCUCGGUGGUCCGGGCGGCCAGGUGUCUGCUCGGCUCGGUCACCAGGGUGCUGCUGUUGGCCGACAUCGUGGUCGUCAAACAGCUCCUUCUCGCGCAAGACAAGGUUGCCCGUUCGUUAGGCAGGUUAGAGGGCGUGAGCAACUUCACAGAGUUCGUCAAGGCAUUUUCGCAAUUUGGCGCAGAGAUGGUGGAGCUCGCACACCUGACCGGGGACAGACACAACGACCUGAAGGACGAGCGGAGACGGGCGCAGAUGGCAGCCGCGAGACAAGUGCUCGAGAGGUCCACCAUGAUGCUGCUCACGUCGUCCAAGACGUGUUUGCGACAUCCAGAGUGCCUGAGUGCCCGCGAGAACCGCGACACCGUUUUCUGCCAGAUGCGUAGAGCGAUGGACCUCAUUCAUUACGUGGUCAAGGACGGCGUCCUCGACUGCGCGGCUCAGGUGUCUGCCGCGGCCGCGGCGGCAAACUCGGCAGACCCACUAGGUAGCUUUCAGGACCACCAGACUGCGGCUGAAAUUGCUCACAGAUCGGCUGAGGAGGACUGGGACGCGAGUAGGACAGUAGUUGGUGCUCUGCGCCACUUUGAAUCGUUAAUUGAGCUGACAAGAUUGACAGCAAUAGGGAGCAGCUCCGCGGUGACGGGUGGAGUCGGCACCACGAGAGAGCGACUCGCGGGAUCUCUGGAGCAGGCCAUCGAGAGGUGUCAGGACUUCACGGACUCGGCCUACACCAGCCACGAACACAGGGAAAACAUCCUCAUGCUCUGCGAUCGCGCCAAAAUGGAGCUUUCGCAGUUGCUACGCAACGGGCUAAUUUUGGAUGGACCGCAACAGACUGCCCAGAUGGAUGCCAACGCAGACAUGGAAGGCAGUCUGCAGGACGUGUUGCGGACGACGCGUGAGCUGCGGGCCCAGCUGCAGGCGACCACCCAUGCACAAAGUGCAGACCUGGGCAGCGUGGCGAGGGCGGGGGUCGAACUCAUGUCCUGCGUGCGAAACUCGGCCCUCGCCUCAGACACAGAGAGACUGGAAGAGGCCUCGGCCAAGUUUAGCGAGCACCUCGAGCAUGUUUUAGAGAUAUGUAAAAUGCUGCGGCACGUUGCCAGCACAGACGCCUUGCAGGUGUCGGCAAAGUACACGGAAAUCAACCUACGAAUUUACGGACCUCAAGUGUUGACUGCUGCUCAUACGCUGGCUUUACAUCCUACCUCAAAAAUUGCCAAAGAAAACCUCGAAGUGUUUGCGGACAUGUGGCACGGUCUGAUGUCGGACGUGACGACGGUGUCUCGGGACGUGAGCGAGGCGUGUCGGCUGCGUCAGGGCGACAAGCAGGUGUACAUGUCGCUGCCUCGACCCGGCAAACACGGCACGACCAGCAAGGCACUGAAACCAUCGAUUCUAGACUCGGAGGAGCAAGCGAAAAUCGCCAAAGCUGGUUUGGAGAUGAAGUUAAUCACCUCAGAGAUGGACGCGGAGACGGACAGGUGGCAACAGGAGGGUGCUCAACUUGGCAACCAUGGUGGUCAGGGCGGCCAAGGCUCAGCGAUGGAGCACGAAAACAACGAUAUCGUCAAAAGGGCGAAGAACAUGUCUUCCAUGGCUUUCAGUAUGUACCAGUUUACCCGGGGUGAGGGCGCCCUGAAAACGACGCAGGACCUGUUCACGCAGGCCGAGUAUUUCGCCGAGGAGGCCAACAGACUGUACAAGGUGGUGAGGCAGUUCAGCUACCAAGUGCCACAGGGUGGCCCAAAGAAGGAGCUCCUGGCGCAGCUGGAUGGCGUGCCGACGCACGUGCAACAGCUGCAGUUCACCGUCAAGAUUUCCACGGUUGGCAAGGCAGCCACGUUCAACAAGGUGGACGCCGUGAUCACGCAAACGAAGAGCCUCAUGAACGUCAUUGCCAAAGUCGUUUCCACGUGCUUCAUGUGCGCCACAAAAUACAAUCUGGACUUCCGCGGGCUGGACGGCUCUGGCAACAGUCGGAACUCGUCGGGCGGCGGCAACACGUUCGGCCGCGACGACGACGGCGGAGGCGGCGGGGGUGGCGCCGACGGCUGCAAGAUGGGGGCGGGCGGGGGCGGCGACCCGAGCAUAUGACAGUUGGGGAUGGCUCGGAGGAGCAAGGGCGACUCUCGGCGCACGAGGGUCGGGUUCUUGCUCUUCUAAGCCAUCGCCCAAGAGUCGCUUUUUCUUCUCGCGUUCGAGCUUCUGCAUUUCGCGACGCGGCAACCGGACCCCGGCCGACAACCGGCGGACUGCUAUGCUUGUUCACGGCGCACACGCACGCAUACGGACUGUCACUUUUUUAGCUCUCGGCAAAUCCGAAUCACACCCACACGAGGAAAGAAGUGUCAAUUUUUGCAUGCUCAGAAUCAUCGCGCAGUGGCCGAUUCUUAAUGAGACGUUUUUUUCUUCAUUUCGGCUCGCACUAGUAUUUUAGGCACGAGUCUGCCGAUUAUUCGACCGGAUCGCGGCUGGAUUUGCUAACUUUGAACUGCACUAAUCAACUAAUAAAUCUGUGGCUCAUAGUCGACGUAGGCUCAUUUAACGUUUUGCAUAUACACGGCAGCAAGGUUGCAGAUCCAGAGCGCUUUGUAUAGGGAGUCUCGCGGAUUAUAUAAUGAGUAGCCUAAUUUCAAAUCAGGGACUACACGUUGCUAUGUAAUUGUAUAAGUGAAAACCUGAGCUUACACGAGAAUCUUUCAAUUUGUAUUUAAACGUUAUGAAAUCAUUAAAAUGGUGCUGUGUGUCAGUUCGUGAAUUUUGUCUCACUAGCAGACCGUGUUUUCCUCCGUUUCAAAGAUGUGUAUAGAUAGAACUCAAGAUGUCAUGUGGAGCGUGCGUAAAAUAUGUUAUUUUAUCAAGUACAAAGAGGGAGAAAUCAAAUUGUAACAAGAAGUUAUUUCGUGCAGUGUGUAUUAGCGCUCAAAAUGUGAAUUAUAACUUCUACUACUAUGUGUCAGAGCUGUCUACCACUGUGUAAAAAGUCUCCUAGGAAGUUCGUGCUCGAAAGACACGUUUUUGCAGAUCUAAAAAUAUGUUAGGUCCAUUUAACAAACCAUUAAAUAAAAAUUAAAAAUAAAAUUAGUCAAGAAUUAGACAGAAUAAAGCAAGUCUGCAAGAUUGUGCGUCAGCACUGGACACGGCUUUCCGAGAGUGACCCUUUAGGUACUUGGCACACUCACUUUUACCAAGGUCCCCUAUAGUGUUCAUCCCCAUAUCACAAACCGCGAUUCUUUGUACAUCAUCGUUUUGGCACUUUGCUGCUGCAGCUUUCUCAAUCGCAGAUAACUCGUUCUUGUCGUAAUUAUAUAGACUGAAUUGAACCCUGCUUUUACUCCACUGACUAGAGACAAAAGCAGCUUGCGAGAGCGGAAAACCCAAAAAACGUACUCAUAGCACUUCCAGAAACAAGAAAUUAUAUUCGCAUUUGAUCUUUCUGACGGUAGUGAGACGAAUUUCAAAUUCGAUUCCUUAGGUGAACAUUUUGAGAUAGAGCAGAGGAAGUAAAAAUAAAAGUUGAGAACAGAGGCAUAUAAUACUCGUUUCCUCAUAAAAAGUCUUUCAGCGCGGCUCACACAAGCACGUAUUUGAUUAAGUGUAAGUCCAUAUUUUCCGUUGGACCGAGUUUCUAAAUUGUGUUUAGCCAGUUGCGUAGACGUAGAAAUUUUACGAGAUCGCACCUCUCUUCUCUCUUCCUCGUCGAAUUUUUUGUCAAGACGACUUGGGAUUUUCAUCUUGCACAAGGUGCUUCAGUGUGCAUGUUUAUAGUCACUAGGGUUAUUUUGGUUUUUCACACCCGAAGGCCUGAAUCAGCUCAAUAUUUAGCAACUCUCAAAGCCGCAAACGCGCGCGUGGACUUACAGAUUAGUUCCCCCUCGGCAUGCAGAGAAGCAAGGAAUGUGCACAAAAUUGAUCCCAAACCAGGCUAAAGUGUGAGGCCUUUAAAGCAACACCAAUCAGCUUAUUUCUCUUCCGAAAAGCACUCGAUUAAUAUUUUCAUUUUGUACUGCUUUUGUGGAAGUAGACAAUAAAAUGAACGUUCUAAGGCCUCAUGCUCUAGACCUCAAUUUGACAAUAAAUAAAAUAAUUGUUAUUUUGAUCCGAUUGAUUAAUUGCCAAACCUUCCAUUUUACCUUUUUCACGUUGAUUUUUUACAGGAAUGUGUCCCUUUCUUACAAAACAAUGUGUCCUCUCUGUGUAGUUCAGUCCUUGGUGUUAUGAUUGUCAUUUCGUCGAUCUAAACUGGUAUUAUAUAUGUCAAAAAGUCAGUACUUUCCGGUUUUUAAGGGCAGACAAUGUACAUAAGAACUAAGUGGGUGGGAUUUUAUAUAUUGUUGAUUAUAAUAAGACAGGGGAUCGAAAAUGUUCAGUGUAGAGAACGACAUGUAUUGCGAGCAUUGACACAAAAAUCGUAUGUUUUUGCAUCAUUUUAUAUGAUUACCAUAAUAGAUUUAACAAUUUAAACAAUCGAUCACGAACUCUAGAUGUGAAACUGUGAACAAAAAAAAGAGAACGACAUUUUGUAUGUUUCAAUUUGUGAGCAUGAUUUCAUAAUUAAUCUCAAUGUGAUUGACGCACAUGUGUGUUAUAAUCUAGAAUGGUAAAACAUACAGUUGCAUACUAAUUUUUUCAACUUGCAUUAAAAAUCAAAAGUGUGAUAUGAGAAUCGAUGUAAGAUUGUUGUAGAAGAAAAUUCUGUUUGGGAAAAAUUAAUAGAGAGAAAUCUACUAUAUUGAGAAAGAAAUUAAAAUUGGAGGAAUAUACACAUUGUUUGAUAAUCAAAUUUGAGACAUCAAUCAAUUUCCCUGAAAACAAUCCAAGUAGCUUCGAAAGUAAAAAGAUUUUGCGUUGCGCCUGAGAGAAGAUUAAACAUUUAUAGCUCACACAGCGAGUCCAGUACCUUGACGAAUUUUUAGCAACUCAUUAUAUUUUGUUCAUCAUAAUGCAACACAGCUAAAAAAGACAAAAGCAAUUGUUUGUGAUUACGGUGAAUUGAUUGAUAGAAUGGACAAUUAAAUUCAGGCCUAACGUGGUUCAAGAACGUAGCUGCAAUAUUAUAUCGACGCAGUAUUAUGGGUUGGUGCGAGUGCACCGACUGCGAGAGGAACAUGUUGAACAUAUCACAGAGUCUCACACAAUGCGCGAUGCGGUGAAUUGACUAUUUAUCAACGCCGUCGAAUCACUAAUCAUUAUUUAUUAUUCAAGAUUGCAAGAUGCUUACCAUUAUAUAUAAACAAUAAAAAUUUAAAAAAAUUGUGUAAGAGAUAAAAA